UUCUAUUUUAGGGUUGAAGCUGUUAGAGUAGGGGCUAGCAGGGAACAGCAUACGGCCCAGGGACGAAAAGACCCAGACACAAAACCCUGGGUUCAACUGACUUCCUUUUGACAAGAAAGUAGCUCAACCUGGACUAUAUAUUUAGAAGGUUAACAUAUACCGCUGUGGAUGUGUAUUCUGUUUGUGUAUAUCAUGUUCACUGACUGAGAUUUGACACCACAGAUUUCUGUUUUUGAGAAGACACGUCGUUACAUUAAGCAAAAUGGAAAACAACCCUCCAUCCCCAGCAACUUCAGAAUCAUCCACUGCCACACGGGUGUUUGGUACCAGGAUCAGUGAUCGGGAUCUGACUGAGAUUGAGCUACAUUCCGUGGAGUCCAUUAACGAUCUGCACCGAACCCAUCCAGAACCCAACCACAAAGGUAGCAGACGGCCUCCCCUUCCUCCCGCUCCUUCCACCAAUGGGAACCUCCAUCCCAGGGACAGACCAUUUAUUAGUCAGACAGGGCGUCCAAUUAAAAGACGGUGGCAGAACACGCUUCGAGACCUGUUGACACCUAAGUCGUGUCGACACACCUGGGCGGUUGCAGUGACAGCCCUGAUGCUAUUGACAAUACUUUUCAUCUGUUUCUUAGUGCGGCAGGGCAGUGCUCUCCAGUCCCUAAGCGAGGCAGUGAGGACUGGAGAGCAGGCUGUGGCCCUAAGAAUCUCGGAACUCAUCCAGGAGCUGAAGAUACUCCGCAAUAACUUAACAGCCAUCACAGAAGGAUCCCGAAGUGGCCAAUGAGGAACAUCACCUAGGGGCUCCAGGACACUGAGACUAUCACACCAACUGUUUCCCUGCCUGUGCCAACAACAAAGCAAAUCCCUACCACUCUGCCAUUCACCUGGUGUUGGAUGUCAGGCCCAUUCAGAAUCAAUCCCUCUCUAAUUGAAUAGUCCUACAUACUGUGGCCCUGCACAAAUGUAAUUUAGAGUGCCUUUGGAAGGUAUCCAUACCCUUUCACUUUCUCCAAAUGUUAUUUUAUGGACUCAAUUUAUAAUUGAUUAGAUAAUUAUUUUUUUUACAA